AUGACUGUGCGGCUCCCCCAGGGCCUGGCGUUCCCACUGAGUAUGAUUAGGCCUUCAGAUUCCCAGCUCACAAGUCAGGACCAGGGCGGCCUUCUGGAGGGAGCACUGGCCGGCUCUCCCAUGAGCCCCACGGCAGCCACACCACCUCCAGGCGCCCAGGCCCAGGCCAGAUGUGACGUCCACGUGGACCUGCAGGGCCAGCGGGGCAUCUGCAAGCUGCCAGGAAGACUCCGGAUCCAGCCGGCGCUCUGGAGCCGCGAGGACGUGCUGCACUGGCUGCCCCCUGUGGCCCUGUCUCCCUACCAUCUCCAGCAGCACACAGUCUGUGCGGGACGUGCCCCCAAGGGGCCCGUGGCUGCGGGGAAUGAGGCAGCGCGCACGCAGCCUGGUCAUCAGCCCCCCCCUCCCCACCCAGGUGACGUCCUGUACGAGCUGCUCCAGUACAUCAAGACCCAGCGCCAGGCCCUGGUGUGCGGCCCUUUCUUCGGCAGGGCCUUCAGGCAGAAGAUGCCCCGUGGGCACUGCCCCUGCCCCCUGCAAGAGGGGACCAGGCCCUCUCAGGCGGCGGCCCAGGGAGGCCUCCUGCAGCAGCCACCCGACCUGGAGCUUACCAACUCCUGGAGCCGCCUGGAUGCCCCUGGCCUGGCCAGGUGGCCCCCCGGCAGGGAGGAGCCCCUCAGCUUCCCUCUCCGUGGGGAGCUCAGCUGUAGGGCAGAGGGAGUCUGCUCCUUCCCCACGAGGCCGCAGGCCCCCGUCGACGGCAGGAUUGAUGGCAGGAUCGCAGACUGCCGGCUGCUGUGGGACUACGUGUACCAGCUGCUCUCCGACACCAGGUACCAGUCCGUCAUCAGGUGGGAAGACGAGGACGCCAGGAUCUUCCGAGUCGUGGAUCCCAACGGGCUCGCCAGACUCUGGGGAAACCACAAGAACCGCGUGAACAUGACCUACGAGAAGAUGUCGCGCGCCCUGCGCCACUACUAUAAGCUGAACAUCAUCAGGAAGGAGCCGGGGCAGAAGCUCCUGUUCAGGUGAGCAGCCUGGGCCGAGGG